AUGGACGACCCGAUACCGGAGCCGCCGACGAUCAAGCUGAGCUACACGAAGACCACGUCGGAACCGACAAAGAUUCAAGCCGCGGUGCUGAGCUUCCAGGGUGACGACAGCAACUCGUGCCCGUACUCGGAGAACAGGUUGACGCUCAGCGGCGAGGGAGGCAUCGGAUCCACGGUGGGAGUCAAUGAGCUGCUAGUAGAGAGCAUCAGCAGAACCGGGGCGCACCUCGAGGACCCGACCGAGCACACCGACCUGCUGCUGGAGAUUCAUCCGCAGGGAGGAUUCAGGUUCCGUAUUAGCGGGACGGCAAAUUCCAUUGACUAUGAUCUCAACAACGGCGACGACGACGAAGCGCUUCAGAACGAUGUCCAUGCCGACGCCGACACCUUGGAUUCGAUCAGAAGGAGGUGGUGA